AUAUGGAUUCCAUAGAAAUGGAAAGUCUGCUACAAGAAUGCGAUGAUUUUUUUUUACCACAGUGACCCAAAAGUGGAGAGCAUCAGUGCAAGUUGUGAAUCAAUUUCAGGCAGAAAGAUUUUUAGGGAUCUUUCACCAGAUAAGGAUUUCCAUUUAUAUGUGUGUUACUGUGAGGAAGACUAUGAUGAAGUUAAGCCGAUAUGUGUCCGGUUAGAAGAAGCCUUUGGACUUAAAUGCAUGAUUUUUAAGCGCGAUUUUCCACAAGCAGGCUUAAUAGAGGAUAUGUGUAAGAAUGCUUUGGAAAAAUGCGAAAAAGUUCUGAUAUUUCUGAGUCCAAACUCCAAGAACAGUUUUUGGUGUUGCCUUGAAAUACGGCAAGCUUGUAUGAACACAUUCACUGACUUGGACAACUUUAAAAUGAUCCUUGUUGAAUUGUAUCCAGUAGAAAAGCCCGCUUGCUUGGCAGGUAUCAAACACAUUAACCCAACAGAAUCAGAGGACGUUGCAGCCAGUAUUCAUGAAGCUUUUUACCACCCAGAAAUUACAAAUGAACUUCGAGAAAUUAAUAGGAAAGCUUUAGCAGAAAGGAAAUUGAGAGCAAACGGAACCGUCGUAUUUUCAAAAACAUUAAAACCUAAACACAGAAAAUUAAUUCAUGGGUGGAGAAGCUUUGCUCCAGUAAUGGAAUACCAUGAUUUCUUGCGGUUGCGACGUAAUCAUCACCUAGGACUAGAGUUGAUGAAUCAAUUCAAUGCAGUGUAUGAAGCGUUGAGUUCACACCUGCUCUUACGGUUUUAUCCGGUUUUGCAGGGAAGAUUCUAUCCAUGACUUGCCUCUUUAAACGUUAGCCUCCUGGUGCUCUUUCUCAUUCUUGGAAGUGUCUUUCUAUCGGUGGCCAUACAUAAAAAGAAUAACGUCAGUGACGCAACUUAUGCUUCCGGUGUGCUAGUUUCACUUUCACUUCUACCUAUCACCAGAAUCAUAUUGUGGAUAUUUAAA